CAUUUGCUUCGGUUCCGAGGCAGCUGUUCCUGGUCCCGUCUGACCCGAGCCACGUCUCAGGCCAUGAAGCCUUCCCAAUUACUCGAAGUUCCUCGAAUAUUCCUUCGCUCGGAGAUCUCUGGGAAGCCAACAAACGUCGCCGUUCCCUUCUCUCUCUCUCGACUCUCUCUCGUGCUUUCGACUCCGAAAACUCCACAAUUCCUCCCUCCAAGUCGAUCGAAUUCGUUCAGUUCUUGGAUCCCGAAUCCCAAUCACCGGCGUACCACGACCGGAUACCUAACCCUAACGCCUGAACCGAAGACAUGGCUUCGCCGCAUCCGGCGCCGGCGAUGUCGUUCUCCGACUUCCCGGAGGACGUCCAGCUCAACAUUCUCUCCUUCCUCUCCCCCGCUGAGGUCGCCGCCUUCGCGUGCACCUCCCGCCGGUUCGCUGCCCUCUGUGGCGCUGCCGCCCCCGACAGCCCCCUCUGGCUCGCCAUGUGCGAGCGCCGCUGGGUCUCCAGAACCCGCCCCCGAUCGUGGUCAUCCCCCUCCGCCUUCGGUCGCCGUGCCCCCUUCGCGCGCCUCUACAAGGCCCUCGACCGCUGGGAGCACCUCAUCGGGUUCUGGCGCCGCAUCGGCCACGGCGGCCCCGGCACGCCGCCCCUCGUCUUCUUCGAGUGGGGCCCCUCCUACAUCGCCGGGUUCCGUGUCUCCCCGUCGCCUGAGGCCACCGGCGAUGGAUACGGCGUCCUCAAGGUGCCCUUUCUCUGGCUGGGCCUCUCGCCCAACGGCGAGCCUGUCAACUUCCUCCACCCUGGCUGUCGCUUCGACUCGACUUCAGACAUGCUGGGCUCGGUGUCGGACUCCUCGAUCUCAUCCUCGGGCCUCUCAGAUCCCGACUUGCUGCCCGUGACCGUUAGCUUCAUGGGCUGCAACCACUUUGUGGUGGAGGAGAAUCGAAGCUACUACGCGGAUGCUUGGGCAGAAGAUUCCAAUGGGUUUCCGGUGGAGGUGCUUGGAACCGAGGGCACGUCCCCUCCAGACCGAUUGAUGUCAGAGAUCUAUCGGUACUUUGCUAACCGAACGAGCCCUGGUAGUGAUAAGGCUUUGAGAAGGCAGAGGAAGAAGGAAAGGGAGCGCUUUGGAAGGCGGCGAUGGGACACACAGCAUUUCGUGAAGAUCAACAACUACUAUCCCACCGUGGAACGGCCUUUACAGGGCUUGUGGAAGGGCAUUUCCGAGGACAUGGUCCUUGAGUUCUACCUCGUCACCUAUGAUGAUGUUGGUGGAAUCACUUGCCGGAGGGUCAGCGAAGCAGGGGAACAAUUCUCGGGUUAUUCUCCUGUUUUCUGGACUUCAAGCACUGCAUUUCUUGAAUCACCGUUUCCCAUAGAGGAACAGGAUUUGUAUGGAAGCCGCGAGCAUAUCCGUCCUGUGGCUUCAAAUUGGAAAAGCAUAAGGAGCGAAGUUGUCUCACGCAUACUCCGAAUCAACUCUAGCUAUGACUUGGUAAUUCCAAGCCUAUCUGGUUCUUCCGGUGAUCCAAGAAAUGUGGAGGGUAGGAUAUGGGAGUAUGAUGAUGGAACCUUUGGGUUUGGAUUCCUUCGUAAUAAUUAUACCAUCGACCUGAAGCAAAUCGCCUUAAAUGGGUCUCUCCUUGAUCCCGUAGAGCAUUUCUGCAAUCUUUCUGGUUUAUAAACCGUUCCUUAGUUUCCUUCUGUAUAAAUUAUAGCUACAUAUACUAAUAAUUCACAAUCCUGUCCCUCUUGACAUUGCACUAUGUUGGUGUUUAAAUAAGUCAAACAUUCCCGGGAGGCUCAGGCAAGUGCAGAAUUCAUAAUGGUAUGUUGUAAGGUAUGUUGUAAGCACAAACAAAAUGAGGUAUACCUUCCUAUUUUGUACUAUGGUUGUGCUUGUCUUGUCUAGCGACAUUGGCAAGUAUGCAGAAAUGCAGACUGUGAAUAUAAGUAGUAAAUACGUAAUAUGAAGAUUGUUCUUUUCCUCAAUUUUUUUUUCAUGAACAUGUAAUGUUACAAACCCUAUUAUUGAUUGAUGGUAAGUUUCUGCU